UAAAUAUUUCCAAACAAGCGACAUUUCACUCAAAACAACCGCUAAUUUCACUAACUAGCUCUAACUAGUUCUUACAGGCUGAAGUUACUCGAGCUUUCUUAGCAUUCACCUGUGAAACCUGGACAGGUGCUGAUUAAACUGGCUAAAUUGUACAAUACAGCGAACUCCCAGCCCUCUACACGCCGGCUCCACUCACACUCACUGGAUAGAAACUCACAGGAGUCUUGCUUUUCAGCGUUUUGUACAAAAAUAUCUCCCAAAAACAACGUUUUUUAUGGAAAGCAGGAGCCAGUUAUUUUGCUCAUUGAGUCUAUAGCUGCUUCAGAUUGUAAUCUGUGGAACUGGAAUCUGGUUCCGGGAUGUCUUUCCUUUACAGCGGGUUUAUGGUCCAAUGCAAUCUGUGUACUGGAAUAUGGAACGAGUUGACAAGACAUUCUCCAAAGCUAGAAGCUUAUGGAAACAGGAUGGAGGAGAGCGUAUCUCUAGCACUCUAGAGGCCUCGCUGCUCCAGGCUCCACUGCCCUACACUGCCCCUGCUUUCCUCAAGACUACUGAUUUAUUUGCAAUGAUUGAGAGAAUGCAGAGCAACAGAAUGGAUGAACAGCGGUGUACUCUUCCUCCCCCUCUCAAAACUGAAGAGGACUACAUCCCAUACCCCAGUGUCCAUGAGGUUUUGGGACGAAAGAGCCCCUUUCCCUUGAUUUUGCUGCCACAAUUUGGAGGCUACUGGAUUGAAGGCACUAAUCAUGAGCUGAGCAAUGGAAAUGACCCAGAAAACCUUCUGUCUCCCACAUCCCGCUUCAAACUGGAGUGCAACACCACUGCCAAGAUAUACAGGAAACAGUUUCUGGGAAAGGAGCACUUUAAUUACUACACAGUGGACAGCGCUCUCGGCCACCUGGUCUUCUCUGUUAAAUAUGAAGUUAUUGGGGACCAAGAACACCUCCGGCUGAUGCUCAGAAGCAAAUUAAAAACAUAUCAUGACGUGAUCCCGAUAUCAUGUCUGACUGAAUUCCCCAACAUUGUCCAGAUGGCCAAGCUGGUGUGUGAGGAGGUGAAUGUGGACCGCUUUUUCCCCGUGCUUUACCCAAAGGCUUCAAGGCUCAUUGUCACUUUUGAUGAACAUGUCAUCAGCAACAACUUCAAGUUUGGAGUUAUAUAUCAAAAGUUCGGUCAGACUUCAGAGGAGGAGCUGUUUGGGAAUAAUGAGGACAGUCCUGCGUUUGUGGAGUUUUUAGAGUUUCUGGGAGAGAAGAUCGAGCUCCAUGACUUUAAAGGUUUUCGAGGGGGCUUGGACGUGACUCAUGGACAGACGGGCACAGAGUCAAUCUACCACAACUUUCAUAACAAGGAGGUGAUGUUCCAUGUGUCCACAAAGCUUCCCUACACAGAAGGAGACACACAGCAGCUGCAGAGAAAGAGGCAUAUAGGAAAUGACAUUGUGGCCAUCGUGUUCCAAGAGGAGAACACUCCCUUUGUGCCAGACAUGAUUGCAUCUAACUUCCUGCAUGCUUACAUUGUGGUGCAAGCGGAGAAUGCCUGUUCUGACAACGUCCUCUACAAGGUUUCAGUGACUUCAAGAGAUGAUGUUCCUUUCUUUGGACCAGCCUUACCUGACCCUGCCGUAUUUAGAAAAGGACCUGAAUUCCAUGAGUUUCUUUUCACUAAGCUGAUCAAUGCUGAGUAUGCUUGCUACAAAGCUGAGAAGUUCGCUAAACUUGAAGAGCGCACCCGAUCAGCUUUGCUGGAAACGCUGUAUGAAGAGUUGCACAUCAACAGUCAGGCCAUGAUGGGCCUUGGCGGAGAGGAUGACAAGCUGGAGAACGGAGGAGGUGGGAGUGGGGGCUUCUUUGAGUCAUUUAAGCGGGUGAUACGCAGCAGGAGCCAGUCUCUGGACGCCAUGGGCAUCAAUAUCAGGAAGCACACAGUCUCCUCUAGUCACAGCGGCAGUUUCACCCACAACAACGACCAUCACCUGCACUCACCAGAGACCCCCAAAAUGCCCGGGAUAUCAUUGCUUGUCCCAGGGAAAAGUCCCAGUAAAUAUGGACGCCGCGGCAGUGCCAUAGGGAUAGGAACAAUAGAAGAGUCUCUGAUUAUUCCUGGAAAAAGCCCAACCAGGAAAAAGUCUGGCCCGUUCAGCUCUCGCAGGAGCAGUGCCAUCGGCAUUGAGAACAUCCAGGAGGUGCAGGAGAAAAGCAGCAGGGAGUGCUCUCCUAGCACACAAAAAACUCCAGACAGUGGCCACGCCUCCCAGGACCCAAAGUCUGAAAACUCCUCAAAUCAGAGCUCUCCUGAAGUCCUUGUUACUAAAAACAGCUCAGCCAUGUGCUGCAGGGCUCCCUCCAUCCCAGAAGCUCAUGACCUGUCACGCUCCUCCUCAAAUGCCAGUAGCUUUGCCAGUGUGGUGGAGGAGAACGAGACUGAAGCCACAGAAGACUAUGACACCGGCAUGGAAAGUUUGUCGUCAGCGGGAACACCACACAAACGAGACUCGUUCACCUACAGCACCUGGCUGGAGGACAACAUGAGCAGCAUUAGCACCAACAGCAGGGGGAACUCUCCUGCUACAGGCAGACCUCUGCUGCCAGAGGGUGGAAAGGGAACAGAACAGAACCGAACAGACAUCCGCAUCAAACUGGAGCGACCACAUGACCACAAAUCUACAUCAAACUGCUAGCCUCUCCUGUGUGCUUUGUGGAUUUCCAUCAACAGCAAAACAGCAUUCCCAUAAAAUAAACACCCCCUCAGAGAGUGGAGGCAAGCUUGGGUUUACAUCUCGACUGCUGAUGAAGAUGGUGAUGAUAUCUCCAGCCUGCCACCUGAGUGAUGGAUGUCAGGACCAUGACAGCAGGACCAUGCUCUCAGGUGGUCCAGUGCAGUAAAGAGAGAGAUAGAGACCUAGGGUACAGACUGCAUGAAGAGACCUCAUUUGCACUGCACCACUUUCAGUUCCUUUGUCACUUCUCUUUGUUGGUCCACACUCUUGUGUAGGAUCUUGUCUGUUCUGCUGUCUGAAGCGCUUAUAGUCCAUGCAGUUAAUCAGCAUGGAAUCUGUGUCCUUUUAGGAAAGAAUGCUACCUAUUUAUUGUCUUGGUGAAUGGCUUUGUUAAUGGAUUAAGCAGGGUCCUGCAGUUGUACCAUGUUAAGCCUGUACUCUGGAUUACAAGAAGAGACUUUUACGCUGUGUUGAGCUGGAGCUCCUUCAGUGCUCCCCAAGGACCAACCACACAAAGGGAGGGUUUCUCAAGCAUUCGGCAUGGGCAUGUUUUUUUUGUUUGUUUGUUUGAUCUUCACUUGGAGUUAAUCACUGUUGAUUAGCAUUGAAUGCGUUUUUGUUGCUACAGCUCAAGACAAAUGUGAAGGAAUAUUUGUUAAUGAAGAUUAUUAACUAAUCUAAAAGUUUAACACAAGCCCUAGUGUAGAAACAGGGCAUUCAGAUGAAGGAUAUUAAAACACAACCGCCUGCAUCAACAACAAAAAAAAAAAAUUCAGACAAUAUUUUUUUUACAUGUCCAACUACAAGUUAAGUUCAGCUGCUAGGGAAAUGAAGUGAACAUUCUUUAAGUAAAAAUACCUACAGAGACUUGCCUUGCCUUAACCAUCAAACAGGAUUUAUGCCAUGUUUGUAUUGCACGAAAAUCUAAUCCACUGAUUUUGUCCCUCAUCUACCAGAGUGCAACUAACUGUUUGAUUUGAUAUUGCAGUAUGUAUUUUGCCUUGAAAUCAAAAUGAGUCUGUCUUCGUGUUUUUUUUUAUUCCCCCAAUGGGAUCUUAGCUUGUGCCCAACAUGUAAGGAUCUUGAUUUCAGUCUAAAUUAAAGUACUGUCAUUUCUCUGACAGCAACAUUUAUUUACAUCUAGCAUUCACUAAACCUGGAAUUAUGGCCCAGAUUAUUGGUUUUUAAUAUUUAUACCCCAGGCUCAAGUCCAUUUGUACACCUUUAUGUGUAGAAAAUAAAUGAAAAAGCAUACAGCAUCAGUUGACCCAAUUUACUACAUUGAAUGUAUACCAACAAAAAAAAAAACAAAAUGUGGAUUUCUGUAAUCUCGAUACAGCUUUAAUUUAAAGCAGUGCUCUUUACAAACCUGCUUUUAUGGAUGUGAGGAUGUGCAUUUAUAAUAAACAAUGUUUUUCAAAUCUUAGAAAUUAGCAACAAGUUCACAUUCUGUCAUUAUGAGCCCAAUUCUAAACUCUAAUGUACAUAGUGGAAACACUUUAGCUCAUAAAUUUUACAAAAAAAGAUAUGUAAAGUGGUAUAUGGGCUUAUAGUGUACACCAGAUGUGGCCCAGGUUUGGACCAUAUUAAAUGUUGCUAUCAGGAAAUUUUCUUUUUAAACACUUCUGUUGUCUCUUAAAAGUGAAAAAUGACCCACCACCAUGUUUAACAGCAGGGAAAAAAAACAUUUCUUAGCUUAAUAUUUCAAGACUUUUUUUUUUCUACUGUGACCCCGAAAAUACUGAAACAUCUUCUGUGGUCAUGCUUCUGUUAAAGGCUGUAGGUAAAUAGAUUGUGUUUGGAUCAUUUUUACCCCUUGGGACUGAGAAUCAGUUGUUGUCCUGUCUACUUUCCAGUCUGUGUUGAGACAUAUGUUCAGUAGAUCUGUAAAGAUGGUCAUUGCAAGACGACGUGGAGGUAGAAUGUGUGCCUAAUAUAAUUAUCUUCAGACUCUCCUCACCAUACCACUGCAUAAAUGGUCAGGAGUGGUGAGUGUGUUUACUGUUGCAGCUUAAGAUAAGGUAUUGUAAAAUAACGUACGUCUGUCUGGGAGUUUUCUCAGAAGCUUUGCCUCUGUUAUCUCCAUAAGCAAAAGGCUAGGCUUGGAUUUACACUGUAAAUAGGGAUUUUUCCAUUCAGAAUAUUGUAAACUGCUUUUGUAGUCAAGAACUUCGCCCAAUCGGAGUCCAGGAAACCGGCCCUAGCUUUAAACCUACAAAAUGCCAAAAUCAGUCAUGUGUGCCCUUAUUGAAGUGAAGCUGAGUAGAUCACUGAAAAUAACCAGCACAAAGCAGUCCAGUGUGUGUGUGGGGGUUGGAGUUGCCUUACUGUAAGAAAUGUCAGCGAUCAAUGAAGGUGUGCAUUAGCUGUAGGUAUGAAUGUUAAUGUCAAGUUUAUGUUAGAGUACGUGUGUUUACAUGUGAACAAAGAUGGCUUGAAUGAACUGGCUUUGCGCUUAGUCCCAAUGGACAAUACAUGGUCACAACUUGAUCGAAUAAGUAAUCCAGGUGUGAUAUGAUGGAAUGCAGGAUUCACAUUUUCACUGCUCAUGCCAACAGAAAACUCUGAAGACUAAAAUCAAACAUGUAAAGGGAUUUUUUUAAUUAGAUUGCUUUUGUCUGCCCUGCUUAUCGCUUUUGUGCUCCUCUGUGGUCAGCUGUGGUCCUUCUACUCCUCAAGCAAGCGUCCAUAUUGUAGAUUGAGUUCAAACUGAGUCAAAUUUGAUGCCAAAAAAAUCGAAAGCACGAAUUGCGUGCUGCUCUAAACAGGGUAUGAAUGAAGCGUUGCUACAUGCUCCUCUCAGAUGACUGUACAUGUGACCUGUUCAUGCUUUUGUGGGGUCAUCCUUGUAAAUACAGCUGUUUUGUACAUAGGCCUACUGUCCAGAAAAUGAUUAAAUAAAGAGACUUGGGUGUAAUAUUUA